AUGAACGACGGACUUUUGGUAGAUUUUCUGCUGGAGAAUGACAUUGAAAUACCUAUAGAGAGUAAUGAGUAUCUAAAUUCGAAGUGGUUAGUCCAAAAAGAUUGCAGCAGCGGGGACUACUCCAUGAAGAAGACGAAGAAGACACCACGCCAGAAGUCAAAAGCAAACAAGAAGAGGGCUAAGUCACUAGCUAGUCAAAUUGAUGGCACGAUUGAGGAACUCUUUGAUCUCAUACUGAGUGAUGGUGGGCAGACGCAACUUGGGACCGGCACUUCGAAGAUGGCGAGUCAAGCAAAUCAUAAGCCUACGGCAAGGAGUAAAAAGAAACCUAGGGGCAAGGCAAAUAAUAUGAUCGAAGCUAGCGAGGACGCGGAUCUUCAAAUAUACGAAUCAAUUGCCCAAGACGAGAGUUUUCUAUUCAACUUUUCAUUGAACGACUUAUCCUCAGAUCCCAACCCUAAACUUCCAAAGGGUAGAAAGAAGCAUUCCAAGCAGCACCAGAAAAGUUCCAAUGUAGCUGGAAAGGAUGAUUUAACGAAACAUAGCUGGCCCACUCAAGCGAGUCGACCGGCUGGAGAAAAAUCCGCCAUGAUAUCACCAAGAAAGAAAACUAAUGAAAAGGAUGCCGCGAUCAACAACCUACGAAAUUCGAGGGUCAGUGGAGGAGCCACGCACGAUAACAGAACUAUAGACCCCAAACUUAAAAACAAAUCUCGGAAAGGGCGGAAGAAAAUAUCAGGUGCUUCUACAUCCAAGAAUGAGGUCGAAAAACUCUCUAAACAAGAUACAAAUGAGAAGCCCAAGCGUUCAUCUUCGCCCAGUACCAGGAGAAAGCAGAAAAAAGGUUCCUCAACCAAAGAACCACUUGUAUCAGUUGCUCAAACGUAG